GAGAUGAAUCAUGGAUCAUCCCGUCCCUUCAGCUUUUCAACUCCGAGUUGAAGUAGCAGAGGUAGAGCAGGCUGAGGCCCCAAGCAAAAUUUCCACAAUCUCCUGAACUGAACAUGCCUGCCGGCAGAGGUCCGUACGCUUUCGGAAUCUUUUUCUCUCACAACCUGCAGCCAUCAGCCCACUCGAAGCGACCCAGCUCCCCAGGCCACGCUGAUUAGACGAGAUCUGGGGGUUGUUAAUGGAGUUCCUGCCCAACCCUGAUAGCCCUGGCUCCAACAACAGUGGGGGGAGCAGCCCGAACAGUAGCCCCAAGAACUCAGUGACGGCGGCGCCGUCUUCGUCGUCUGCCACGGCGGCGGCAGCUUCUGCUUCUUCUUCUUCUUCUUCUUUUUCUUCCUCUUCCUCCUCCUACUCGGCUGCGGCGACUCCUUCGCUGAGCCGGUACGAGUCGCAGAAGCGGCGGGACUGGAACACGUUCGGGCAGUACCUGGGGAACCACCGGCCGCCGCUGUCGCUGUCGCAGUGCAGCAGCGCGCACGUGCUGGAGUUCCUGCGGUACCUGGACCAGUUCGGGAAGACGAAGAUCCACUCCCACGUCUGCCCCUUCUUCGGCCACCCCAGCCCGCCGGCGCCCUGCCCCUGCCCGCUCCGCCAGGCCUGGGGCUCCCUCGACGCCCUCAUCGGCCGCCUCCGCGCCGCCUACGAGGAGAACGGCGGCCACCCCGAGACCAACCCCUUCGGCGCCCGCGCCGUCCGCCUCUACCUCCGCGAGGUCCGCGACGUCCAGUCCAAGGCCAGAGGCAUCAGCUACGAGAAGAAGAAACGCAAGAAACCGCCGCCUCCUCUUCCUCCUCCUCCGCCGCCGCCGCCGCCCGCCGCUGCCUGAUCCAUCGCCUCCUUCCUCCCAGAUAUGCUUUAGAUUUUUACCUUCUGUCUCCCGAUUUGGUCGCCUUUAUCAUUAAUUUAUGCCUUCAUUUUCCGACGAUCGUUCGAACAUAUAUAUAUUAAUCAGAAGCAUGUAAUCACA